UUCCAGGCAGGCUCAAAGAUAAGGUCUACCAACAGACAGGAGAAGUAAGAUGUCAGUGGCGUGUUUGGUUCUUCCUGUAGGCAUGAAAUGCCAAUCAGAUUCCUAAACAUGUCACGAGGAGAGAGUCUGGGAUAUCCUGUCCUCCUAAUUCAACAAUUGGUUCAGCAGGCACAACUCAAAAAUAUCCGCCUGCGUGUGGUGUAUGACAUCGGAUGUGUCUUGGAAGCUCAUCUGAAAAUAUUGUAUAGCACCAGGAGGAAAGAGGGCUUUGGCCUGACUGAUGGUGAGGGCAUGGAAAGGAUAUGGUCUCACCUGAGGCCAUUCUACAGGAUUACAAAGGAGAUGACGCCUUCUCAUCGCAUUGAUCUACUGACUGAUGCUGCUCUACAUUAUGCCAGGCGAAAGGCUACUGACAUAGAAGCUGCUCUUCUACAAAGAAUGGACAAGGCAGGAAAGAUGCAAGCCCUGUCUGAAGAGAACAUAUGCGAAGUAGUGAAACAAGCACCAGUACCAGUCACAGAGGAGGACAUGAGAAGAAUGUAUGUGAAAGAACAAGAAAACUUCCGACAAAAGAAGAAUCAGGCGCCACCAGCUGGUAUGUGCAAGUGGAAGAAAGACUAUGUGAAAACUCGGCUCAAGCACCAAUCAUUACAAGAGGAUAUCCUUGCCACAGACGAUGACACAUCUUUGAUGACAGUAGCUGUACACCAAAAGAUUGAAAAACAGUUGAUGGCCAAAAUUGAAAACUUUGAAGAGUCACCGCAUAAGGCGUUGGGACAUUGACAGUGCCAACUUCCAGUCUGUGUUGAAGGCGCUUGACCAAGAGGAGAGAACAAACCUUCUCACAGAGGCAAGGUCAGAAGCAAGCGAGAGAGUCUUCCUUCUAGCCUGCAAAGCCAGGUAUCCAGAUGGGCAGGCUAUUGCAAAAAAGCUGUCUGGCCAGCUUCAGUCUAUCAAUUUGAAGCUGGCCAAGACAGUUAAAGAGUAUAAUAACUUGGAAUGGCCACCACAGGACACAAAGUUUCCUUCAGUUAUUGACAUCGCUGAGGCCCGUGAUCCCUAUUGGCAGGGGUAUUUCAACAUGGAUCUCCCAGUUGGGGAAGAAGGAGACCUGCCUUAUAGCCUCCAGAGGAAGGCUAUAGAUGCAGUCUGCAUGAAGAGAUGUGCCCAGGAGGAAAUUGGGAUUGUAAAGGAGGAGAUGAGGGAGGUGCUUGCCUUCCUAAUCCAGCAAGUUGAAGAUCUGCAGCGUACCUUCAUUAAGAUUGAUAAUGUGGGAGAAAGGGCAGCUCUCCAGACAAAGAUGAUCAAACUGCAACUGCGUCUAAAAAUGGCAGUACGAGUGUUCAGACCUCAUGUAUCAGAGCUUCCAGACCUCCCCCCCUUUCUGCCUUGUGUAGCUAAUGAUGACACAUAUGAUGUCACAGUUGAAGACUUAGUCGCCUUUGGUAGUAUUGAGGAACAGAACUGUGAGGAAGCUGAAGAAGAUGAGUGGAUUUCUCUGGAUUGAGCGUCAUUAUCUACCUUAGAUAAGCUGUAGUAAAACAUGAUUGCUUGUGUGUAUUCACUAUUCAAGUUAGAACUGAAGCAAGUAGUGGCAUCUGUUUUCACAGCUUUUUCAGUUAUAGUGAUUGAUAAAGUUUUAAUCUUUUCAUGUCACACAGACACACCUCCAUGGGCUCUUGUUUAAUGGCCUGUGGCUGUGUUCUAUGUGAUUUACAGAGGAUUUCAUGUGAUCUGAUUGAUAAAACAUGUACACAUGGAGAUGGAGAGAUGACGUGCAAAUUGAUAAUUUGUGAUUUGCAGGCAAUUUCAGGCUAGCUAGCUUUGGUUACUGAAGCCAUGUCAUUAUGUUAGAAAUUGUACAUUGUGUCAUGAAACAGUAUUAAGCAGGCAUAUUGCAAUUGAUUUCAACUUUUUCGCAUCAAAUUCAGUAUUGUUUGCUGAAACAACAUGUACAUGUACUAGUAAGCACAGUUGUACAAAUUGAUGAAGCAUGGGGAGACUGCAAAACUACUGUUAGAAAUGCUAAAAUGAAAACAUUCCUGGUUUGUCAUGUAGGUCACUUCCAGGAAAACUGGCUGAAUUGAAUUGAUUAAUGUGUUCUGAGGCAGCCAUUGAGACUGUACUGCAUGGGUGGGGUAUCUGUCGUGUUUAACAGAUGGUUUAACAGAUGGUUGGACAUUUUUUAAUGGAAAAUAGUAAUGACAAAUAGUAUUUCCACGUCCUGUAUUUAAGUUUAGUUACAUACAGGUGAUUGGCAUGAGAAGUUGCUUAGACUAAGAAUGGUUUUUGAUGUUUAGUACUAGUAUAUUUAAUGGAAUUAUUUUCAAUACUAACUUGAGAGCGUAUUACCAAAACUGUAAAUAAUUACGAGUACCAAAACUGUUAUGAAAUGUCAUUGUGCCAUUUUAUUAAAG